CCAGGGAAAAGGUGAAUGACUCUGCUCCACCAGGAUUGGGCAUCUUUAGAUCUAGACUGCCCACCCCCUUCACCUGAUCAUUAUAUAAUCAGAGAAAGGAGGGGGACCUUCAAGUUCACACAGCUGGAACCCGUCUCCAGGAACAAACUACUGAACUUCUCUCCUGGGACAAAUCCGUGGAAUUCAUCUGCAGUUAAAAGGAAGCUUCCAGAUUUUUGUAAGAUUCUCUUGGAUCCCAUCAUGGCGACUACGACUCUCCAGAGGACCCAUUCAUUACUUCUGCUCCUGCUCCUGACCCUGCUGGGGCUGGGGCUGGUGCAACCUUCUUAUGGUCAGAGUUACAUGUACCAACGAUUCUUGCGGCAACAUGUCGACCCCAGCGUGUCAGGUGGCAAUGAUGGCUACUGCAACGUGAUGAUGCAGAGGCGGAAGAUGAUUAGGCCUGUGUGCAAGCAGUUCAACACUUUCAUCCAUGAAGACAUCGGGAACAUCAAUAGCAUCUGCAGCACCGCCAACAUCCAGUGCAAGAAUGGCAGCAUGAACUGCCACCAGGGUGUCGUGAAGGUCACAGACUGUAAGGUGUCAGGAAGCUCCAGGUCCCCGAACUGCAGAUAUCGGGCCCUAGCCAGUACUAGGCGUGUUGUCAUUGCCUGUGAGGGUACCCCAGAGCUGCCCGUGCACUUUGACAGAUAGGCGCUGCCUCGAAGGGGUUACGACCCAGCUGGCAACAAUUCCAUUCGUUUACUCCUUGAGUAGCAGCUAGCAGUGCUUUCCAGCUGUCCGGUUUGGUCCUCUCUGUUUAUUCCUUGUUCUUUUUUUUCCUCUCUGUAACCCAUUCCGUUGGCUCAGCCUCCCUCUCUUCGGAUCCCAUUCUCUGGAAUUUUGUCCUUUUACAUAGUUACAUGGCAUUUUAAGAAUUUCACCAUGCUUUCACUUGGGCUUUCUCUUUUUAAUACCACGGCACCCUUGUGAUGCUAUUGUACAUAAGAACCCUGAGUCAAAGAAUUUGCUGAAGACCAUAAAAUUAGUGGAAAAGCUGAAACAAAGAGGAAAAGAAAAAACAAAACAACAAAAACAGGUUACUAGCCCAGGGAUAUUUCUGCUUUAUCAUAAGUUUUUUUUUUUUUUCCUUCAUCUGCUUUUUGUUAUUCCACAGAAUCAGCUGUUGCGAGGAAACUUUAAACAGAUGGAAAUACAUACUGGCUGAAUGAGACUUCUGUGGAAUUUGGCAGCCUUGUUGUUUGGGUCAAAUAAGAUCAAGAAAUCUUAAGGGAGCAAACAUCUGGCUCCCUAAGAGUUUGGGGCCAAGGGAUCAAUUUCAUGGGAGAGAGCCCUGAAGGCAAAAUGUAGAUAAGUUUUUGAAAUUAAUAAAGGGCCCUAGGGAAACUCAGUUCUGUGGAACAAGGGGGAGGCAUGACUGGCUUCUGGAACCACUUUCCAGAUACCUCUGUCCCAGAUCUCCCAAGACAACUUGGAGGAAGUCAUGGCCUGGUGCCAGUUAGUCUGUCUGAAUCCACCCCCUCUUUCAGGAGAAAGUGGAGCUCUCUGUGCUUUCCUAACCCUCCCUUUUACUUUCUAAAGUCAUCUGCUGAAAGCUUCUAGUUUCCUGCUUUGCAUCUCAUGGGCAAAUAUUUAGAAUCUAUUGGACUUCUACAUGCUACUUAUUUUUUUGAAACUGUUAAUCAACUUAAUAUGUUUGGUUAUUGCCUAGCCUUGGAGAAACUAAAAGGAGUGGUGGUAGAAUGAUCUUUUUCUCCCCUAACAAAGUGAUAGAAGGAAUUUCUGUUUGUUUCUCUUCCCAAACUUUGGAUCACUUUAGUGAGUUGCAGUAUUAAAAGUGUAUUAAAUCACAA